CGGACCAGCAGCAAAGCUUCAAAUCCCUCCCCCUCCGCUUUUCCCUCUCCCUCUUCUUCCUCCACCCCCUUUCUCACCCCAGCGAAGAGCGAACCUUCCAAACCCUCCCGAGAGAUUCCCUCGCCAGCCCGACGAUCAAUCGGAGAGCUCUCGCGCGCGGCCCUCCCCCGAGCUCGCCGGAGCCAUGGAGAAGUACGAGCUGCUCAAGGACAUCGGCGCCGGCAACUUCGGCGUGGCGCGGCUGAUGCGGAACAAGGAGACCAAGGAGCUCGUCGCCAUGAAGUACAUCCCCCGCGGCCAAAAGAUUGACGAGAAUGUGGCGAGGGAGAUCAUCAACCACCGCUCGCUGCGGCACCCCAACAUCAUCAGGUUCAAGGAGGUGGUGCUCACGCCGACGCAUCUGGCGAUCGUGAUGGAGUACGCCGCCGGCGGCGAGCUGUUCGACCGGAUCUGCAACGCCGGCAGGUUCAGCGAAGACGAGGCGAGGUACUUCUUCCAGCAGCUGAUUUGCGGCGUGAGCUACUGCCACUUCAUGCAAAUUUGCCAUCGCGACCUGAAGCUGGAGAACACGCUGCUGGACGGCAGCCCGGCGCCCCGCCUAAAGAUCUGCGACUUCGGUUACUCCAAGUCGUCGCUGCUGCACUCGAAGCCCAAGUCGACGGUGGGCACGCCGGCGUACAUCGCCCCGGAGGUGCUCUCCCGCCGGGAAUACGACGGCAAGUCAGCCGACGUGUGGUCCUGUGGAGUGACCCUUUAUGUGAUGCUGGUCGGUGCUUAUCCUUUUGAGGACCCUGACGACCCCAAGAAUUUCAGAAAGACGAUUGGGAGGAUCAUGUCAAUCCAAUAUAAAAUUCCGGAGUACGUCCAUGUAUCCCAAGACUGCAAGGAACUGCUCUCAAGAAUCUUCGUCGCAAACUCUGCGAAGAGAAUAACAAUUAGGGAGAUCAGGAACCACCCCUGGUUCCUGAAGAACCUGCCUAGGGAGCUCACAGAAGCUGCACAGGCAAUGUACUACAAGAAGGACAAUAGUGCCCCAACCUACUCCGUGCAGUCUGUGGAGGAGAUCAUGAAGAUUGUUGAGAAGGCGCGGACGCCGCCUCCUUCCUCCACCCCUGUGGCUGGCUUUGGUUGGGCAGAAGAGGACGAGCAGGAGGACAGCAAGAAACCAGAGGAGAAGGCCGAGGAGGAAGAGGACGGCGAGGAUGAGUAUGACAAGCAAGUGAAGCAAGUCCAUGCCAGCGGCGAGUUUCAGAUCAGCUGAGGGUUUCGCCACUGAGAGAGAUUACAAACAGGAGAUGUACUGUGGUAGCAACUGAUGAUGAACCUCAUACCUACAUUCCUGAUAGUUUGUGGUCUUGAUUUCAAGUUUUCCUUCAUUUUUCCCUCUUUGAUGCUGCAACAGUGUAAAUUAUUGAAGUGGUUCCAAAACUGUAUUUGUAAGGACUGAUUAAGGUAGCAAGUGCAACAAAAUUAUGGAAUAAAACAUCUCGUUGAGCAUGUA